CCAUACUCGUGCACUGAUAUUGAGAAGCUAAUGCUUUUAGCGAUCCCGAGUGGUAUCUAUGGCCCUUUCGCCAAUAAUUUCCCAAGGCCGAGCAACAUCCCCGGAUUAAGUACCAACCAAUUCAUCUACAUGCUCCUCAAUGGUGGCCCCGAAGGCCCCAAUACAUACCCACCUAUAUUCGUGCGUCAUACGGUUGAUGUUCGCGAUGUCGCGAAAGUCCAUAUCCUGGCUCUGAGCGCAGAGCCACUUCCUAACAAGCAGCAAAAGCGUUUUAUUUUAUCUGAGGGCGUCCAUAAAUGGCCUGAGGUAGCCGAUAUGGUACGAGAAAGGCGGCCUGAGCUUGCGCCGCGCAUGCCGGGAAAGGAUGCUAUCCCACCGACACAGACGGAAGCGCCGCUGGAUACCUCCUUAGCUCAAAAGCUCCUUGGUUUUGAGUAUCGCCAGUGGCAAGAAAUGUUCCUCACUGGCAUUGACGAGUGUCUAAAAUGGGAGGCUAGCCGUGUUUAA